CAUCCAGCUUUCCCGAACUAUUCCGGAUGAAGAUUAUCACCAGAGUAUCCUGGACAGUCCAAAGCUACGGCAGCAAGUAUGUGACAUUUUGAAGAUCUCGGAUCAACUGAUUAGACGUGACAUCAUGCCGCCGGUUAGACUGCCAAAGGGAUUUGCCUAUUUAGGUUUUUAGCCGAGUAGCAUAACUGUGCCGGUUCUGGAUCAAGAUUCCUGUAACCGACAUUUACCGACAUUCAAAAGAUUAUGAAGAUAGAUGUCCGUGUUGUCAUCGUGAGCUCUACGAUUUUCGGAAGUGACGUUACCGAGACCCCUAUUUUCUAAGAAUUUAUGGGGGAUUCUAGGAAUAAUACAUAAUCGAGAACUUUCUAGAAACUUCGACGGUUCGUGCCCGUGCUAAGUUGCUGAAGAUCGCUCCUAGAGACGAUGAUCCUCUCGACAUUUUGAUGCAACCCCUUGCCCCCCACCCUCCGGAGAAGCUUCUAAAAGCUUCGAUGAACCCCCUUCCUCUCUCCCCGACCUGUGUAGAUUUCAGAUAGCAGUCUUCAGGAGGCUAAUUUAACCUUGAACGUUAGUAGUUUUAGGCCACUCCUGGCCGUCGUAACAAACCCCCACCACUGAUCCUGUGAGCCAUAGAGUGGACCGCGCUUCGGACUGCCACACCACACUAUGGCAUCACACUCUCACCCAUGUGCCCGGAUCACCAACCUGCGCCCCAGAUGUCCCUCCCACGACCUCGCCAUGUAGUGGUUCCUCGCAAUACGGUUCUAAGGCCUGAAACCCCAGCACCAGCGGUACUGGAUGUCCCAGGGGUCUAUCACGGUCGCUAGUUAUGCAGUGAUCCCCGGUCGGUAAUUUUUUAAUUACCCUAAGGAGGUAGUAUGGUAAAGUGGAACACAGUAUUUUGUAAGAAAUACCUUAUAUUAUAGAAGUACCGCACGUAUUGCCUUUUUUUAGAUACUUUUAGCUAUUGAUGUGGAGGUAUCCAACCCCCUGAUAUUUUGCUCGGGGUGAAUCUUCCGCAUUUUGUGUAGCUGUUGGAAGCCUGGUACCCUUUUUUUGGGCAAUUUAGCGAACAAUGCGCAAAUACACCCGGCGUGGGGGUACCAUUGUCUUGGCCGCGUACACUGCUACAUGUAUCUCUUAUUUGCAACUAUGCAAAAAAUUAUGAUCAUGGUAGGGAAAAAGACGGUACCCCAUGAACCAUCCUUGCAACAUCUUGCCAGUACCUUGGUUACAAGCGAUAGAAGCGACAAUAAAAAAAGAAGUAAUAGUGAAAGCGUAGUGAAAAGAGUUGAAUGCGCAUACCCCAAGCGCAUUAUUUAAAAAGUGACGAUCCGUCAGUCUGUCUAGCACCACAACAUCAGGCAGGAUAUAAGAAACAAAGUGACGCUGCAAAACAGGACAAGCACGGUAGCACCAUCACCAGCCGUCAGACUAGCGCCGGCUGUUACUGGAGCGAUUAUGCCGUCAAGGAGGCCCAACACACCGCCCGAGGGUGUCGAGGGGCCAUGUGAGGGGCCCCUACUCGAC